GGACUCUGCCCCGCUCGGGCCUCUAGGACCAGAUAAGGGGCGAGAAGGGGAGCGGUGCGGCGGGUACAGGCCAGAGUGGAGGGCCCCGAGGGGUAGGCCGGGUGCACAGUGAAUUCGACACCCCCAGACUUGAGUCGGCAGGGAAGCAGACGUGCAGCUGCACUGGCUGGAGCUGAGGGCAGAGGUAUUAACAGCGCUUGGAUAGCGGCAAUGGCCGUGAUUUUAAUGAGCCUAGUUUUUUGGGGUAGUUUUUUACAGAAUAGGUUGCAUUUGAGGUGAGUCUUGAGAUGAACAGGAGUUUGCACAUUCAGGAGGAAGGAACUGGAUCUUCAGGCAGGGGGAGCUGCAGGUUCAAGGGUACAGAUCUGGGCGAGGAAAGGGUUUGCCAUCUUAACAGGAUGUUGAGAGGGUAGGGAAUGGGUGUGGUCGUGCCAAGAUAGGAUCCUGGGCAGGUAAGCUGGGUCCCCGGAUGGUGCAUGAAAUUGUCUGUGGUGCGGAGGAAUUUGGACUUUAUUAGGUACAGCGCGGUGAGCUAGCCCGAGCCUUUGAGCUCUGGAGUGCUGGAUAAAUCCCUGUGGGGACUUCGUAGGACAAGGGUUGAAGUGUAAUGGACCAGAAUCGGUAGCUCCUUGGUAUGGAGACAGAAAGCCUGAAUUAUAGGAUUUCCUGUAAUGUAGGAAAUUAUAGAAAGGCUCGUUAGCUGUAGGUUAACACUGUCUUUUAAAGAGGAAGGAAAGAAAAGGUGCAACAGCUCAGGCUCCAAAAGAAAUAUUGAAAAACAGGACUUUGAGACUGAGACGUGGGGAAGAAAGAGUGGGGUGGGAUGUUUUAGGGAGUGCAUUGAGGUGGAGGGUGCAGUGAAGUCAGAGUUAAGGUCUAUUCUGUUGUACAGUAUCUAGGGCAACGUGAGUGUUCCCAGGACCCCUUAGCUGCGUCUUUGGCUGGUGGCAGUGACUGGUAGGGAGAGAAGAGGAAGGGUCCUACAUAGGAGAAGUGGAGGUGGCAGGAGUGAGGAUAGAAGGGAGUGUGGCAUAGUAGGUUAGAGGCAGAAAGUCACACAGGCCUGGGUUCUGUCUCAGUUCUGUGACUUCGGGCAAGUUCACCAGAGCCUCAGAUUCUUCUAUAAAAUGGAUCUGAUGCCUUCUUCCUAGGCUGUAAAGCAUAGGCAGCAUCAUGUACGUAAAGUGCGUGGCACAGGUUCAAUAAACAGUAGUCGUUCUUGUUAUCAAGGGCUGGUGGCCUCUGGAGGAGGGAACACACUGUGGAGAAGGGAUAGAAUGUAGAACACAAGUGGUUGUUUUGAAUAUAGAGAUGAAAAAGGAGAACUUUUUGCAGAUACUUGUGAAAAAGAUGAGGAUGUUUGCUGAAAUAAAGAUGAAGAGACAUGAGGAAAUUGAUGGCUGAUCUUUUAUAUCUUCCCUGUAAGUAGGGGAUGAAAUCUUCUACUUGGAGUACCCUGAGAUAUUCAGGAUCCAGGAAUCCAGCAGGCUUCUGCUCUAGUACCUCUUAGUGCCCUGUCUGCCUGGGUCCUGAGGUUAUCCUGGGGCAUUCAUGCACUUGUUGUUUCAGGACUCAGUGACCUUUGAGGACGUAGCUGUCUACUUCUCUGAGAAUGAAUGGACCAGCCUGGCCCCUGCCCAGAGAGCUCUGUACAGGGAUGUGAUGCUGGAAAAUUAUGGGGCUGUGGCUUCCCUGGCAGCAUUUCCGUUUCCCAAACCGGCUCUGAUUUCCUACCUGGAACAAGGAGAAGCACCCUGGUGCUCAGCUCCUCAGGGAGCCCUGGAUGGAGAGGGCCUGAGGGGCAUCUCCUCAGGAUAUCCAUUUCUAAAGCCUGCUGGGAUCUCCCAGCUUGAGCAGGUGGAAGAGCCACUGAACCUGAAACUGCAAGGAGGGGGUCCAUGUCUAAAUUGUACUGAGGGUGUGUUGAAGAGUGAAAAAGAGGAAUUUAUUCCGAAGCAGGAAUUUUUUCAGGAGACACACAACCAUAUGAUGCUAUCAAGUGGAUCCCAGUGGUAUGGCUCCCAGGAAUUCUGGUUUGGAAAAACCUGUGAAGAUAAGAAAAGCAGGUUAGGGAGAUGGGCCAACAGGGAAAGUGUAGAGAGCGCUACAGACGAUAUUAUAGAAGUGAUUGUCAAGGACGAGAUGAUCUCAGUAGAAGAAAGUUCAGACAGUACUGACCUCAGUACCCACCUUACUAUACAUCAUAAAAUUCUAAGCGGGCAGCUAUUCUGUAUAUGUGAAGAUUGUGGCAGGUGUUUUUAUCAAAAUGAAGACUUUGAUCAACACCAGAGAACUCAUAAUCAAGACAGAGUCUAUGGAUGUAAGGAAUGUGGGAAGGCUUUCCGUUUUAGAUCACGGUGCAUUGCACAUCAGAGAAUUCACACUAGGGUAAAACCCUAUGAAUGUCAAGAAUGUGCUAAAGCCUUUGUUUGGAAGUCAAACCUGAUUAGGCACCAGAGAAUACAUACUGGAGAGAAACCCUUUGAAUGCAAGGAGUGUGGGAAGGCCUUUAGUCAGAAUACAAGCCUUAUACAACAUCGGCGAAUCCACACUGGGGAGAAACCAUAUACGUGUAAAGAAUGUGGAAAAAGCUUUACUCGGAACCCUGCCCUUCUUCGACAUCAGAGAAUCCACACUGGGGAGAAGCCUUAUGAAUGUAAGGUCUGUGGGAAAGGCUUCAUAUGGAACUCAGACCUUGCUCAACACCACAGGGUCCACACUGGGGAGAAGCCUCAUGGAUGUACUGAGUGUGGGAAAAGCUUCAUUUGCAAGGCACACCUUAUCCGACAUCAGAGAAUUCAUACUGGGGAAAGACCCUAUAAAUGUAAUGACUGUGGGAAGGCCUUCAGUCAGAAUUCUGUCUUAAUUAAGCACCGGAACUGCCAUGCUAGAGAGAAACCCUAUAACUAUCAGACCUUUCGUCUUCUUGAACAUUAGAGAAUGUAUAAUGGUGGUAAUUGUUUGUAAUUCUCAUGCUACAGGAACCCCAGAAAGAAAAUGAGGUAACCUUCCAGAAUUUUACUCUUACCCUAAUAGCCAAUAAUAUCUUGCUCCUUCUCCUGAACAGAUACCAAGUACUCUAACAAGACCAAUCCCCCUGUUCAACCAUGUUUAUACCAGCCACUAUUUAGUUGAGCACCUACUAUGUGUCAGGUGCUUUACAUGCAUUAUUUAAUUUUCCUAACAAUUCUAUUACGGUAGGUACUCAGGUCCAUUUUGCAAAUGAGGAAUCUGAGGUUGAAAGAGGUUAUUAAAAAACUUAUUCAAGAUUACGCAGCUAACAAGUGAAGAGCUGAAAUUGGAACCAGGCUAUCUGACUUCAGAGUCCACUGUUCUUUUUUAAUUAUGCACAUUCCUGCCUCUACUCGUUUUUAUCUGGUCAGGUUUCCCUGGGCUGAAAGUUUCCCUUCAUCAAGACCCAACUCCUUCAACUAAACAGACUUCUGUUUCUAUCCUAUUUGUAAUCAGCGCCGCUGAAGUUGGUAUUUAAUUAUGUGCUGCCUUAUACUUUUCUGACAGUCUCCUAUGUGUUAGUCUUGACUCCAGCUAAAUUUCCCUUUGAGAGCCAACACUGCAUUUCUUCUAUUUAUCAUAUUUUAAAACUUAUUUAUUUUUUACUAGGUGUAACAUGAGUAUGAUAAACAAAAAAUUGAUAUAGUUAAAAAGACGUCAAUGAAAAGUAAGUUUCCUUUUAAUUCUUCUCCUUAGAGGCAAUUACUGUUACUAGUUGUGUAUUCUUCUGGAUAUAUUCUCUCUAUAUACACAAGUAUUUAUUAAUAUUGUUUUUCAUAAGUCUGCCUCACCAAAUGCUUAUUUGAUAUAGCUGACACUGAAAUUAAUAUUGCCAACUCCAGGAUCUUCUUUUCCUCAGACAUUGUGGUCCACUUUGGUGUCACCAGGGUAACUGAGGAAAAGCAGGAGAAGGUAGUCUGGGUUGUGCAGUCUUGGAAGGCCUGAUGGCCCUUAUGUUAUCAGCCUACACUCUGAGAGUGGGAAAUAGGAUGUUGUAAGGCAAGCUUGAGAUUUUUUCGUAAAAAUCUGUAUAGCUACAGCUCCUUUCCUCACUGCAGCAGUAUCCUAAAUCCCCUCUCAGUCUGUCCCUGUCUCAUCACCAUAAUAACCCACAUCCCCAAAUAAGCUGUGGGCUGAUCACCAAGGGAGAGAGAAACAGCCGGUUUCUGAUGGUGGUUAAUGCGCUAUUAGACAGCUUCAGCCAGUCAGCAGUUGAAAAGAUACCAUCUGAUCCAUUAUCCUGGUGACAGAGUCACAAAUUCCCUUCCCAAGGUCUAGGAUCAAAGAUAAAUGCUAGGAACACAUAGAUCCUACACACGUAAGGGGAAAGUGAAGAAUUCCAGAAUUAACUACACUUGAAAUCAGGAGGAGUCUGUGUAACAGUAUCUUUUUAAAGGGGAUGCAAGCUGUAAAUAGUAGCCAUUAAAUGCAGGAUAUUAGAAAGUAAUACUGUCCAUCUUGACACUAUUCAAGAGAACCAAAGGCCCUAUUCAGGGGAGAAGGAUGCUGACCAAAACAGACAGAUUUGAAAUAUCCAUUUCAGUCUCUUGACCUUUAGAGCCAUUCUUUAGACAAUGCACUGCCGUUUAGGCAUUUCAUUUUGUAAACUGCCUGCCAGUUAGAUUACUUGUUGAUUAAGGAGCGAUGAAGAGAAGCUUCCUAAAAAUCAUAAACAUUAACUCCAGAGACCCUGAUUGCUGAAGCCUAAAUCCAUGUAGUAAGGAGAACUUGGCCUAGCACAGCAUAGCCAAGACAACCUCUAAAAGCAGUAGAAAUUUUGUAUCACAUGGAACCAAGGAAAUGGAAAUGAAUGUUGUGAACAGGUGUUUGAAGAAAGUUGUUUAUUAAAUGUUACUGAGCACCUACUUGUAUGCAAAACACUGUGCCAGGCACUGCAUAAACAGUAAGUAACACUUGUUCCCUGCCCUCCUGGAACAGUUAGUCUAGUGGAAGAGACCAACUACUCCCUCAAAGGAAACCAAGUAAAAUAAUUCAAAAAAAUAUUUUGAAUUGCAAAGUGCUAUACAGGGAAUGAACAGAGUGCUGAGAGACUGGUAUGGAGGGGACCUACUUUAUAUAGGUGGUCAAGGAAGGCUUAUCCUAGGAAGGAAGUAACAUUAAAGCUAAGAAUCGACAGGUGAGAAAGAACCACUUGUAUCAAGAGCAGAAGAGCAGCAGGCAAAGGGAACAGCUAUGCAGACUCCCUGAUGUGGGAAGAGCUUGGCAUGUUCAAGGUACCAAAAAGAGUGUAACACAAGUUGGGUUUGGAGAGAAGUGGACCAGAUCAUUCAGUUCUAUCCUAUGUGAGAAGAGAAGCCACUGAAAGGUAUUCAGUGGAGAAGUGACGUGUUCGAUUUAUAUUUUAAGAAGACCACUCUGGCUGCUAAGUAGAAAAUGGUUUGUAAAGGGACAAGACUGAAAGAUAAUCUUGGAGGCUGUAGUAGCAGUCUAGGGGUGAAAGGAUGGUGACAUGGAGAGGGUAGUAGUAAUGGAGAUGGAAAGAUGUAGAUAGAUUUAAAAGAUAUUUUGGAAAUAGAAUCAAUGACCUGCUAAUGGAUUGGAUAGAAACGGUAAUGUGCAGGGAGGAGUCGAUUGCUGGCUUUAGCUGAGUGGAUAGUGGUACCAUUUACUGGAAUGGGUAAGACGGGAGAAGGAAUAGGUUUGGGGAGGAAGAAAUCUAGAACUCUGUUUUAGGUUAACAUAGUUGAAAUUUGUAUAAGAAGUGCAAGUGAAACUUUCAAGUAGUCAGUAUACAGUUUUGGAGUUGUACAUAUGGGGGUCAUCAAAUAAGCAGAAGGGAUAUAAAGACAUGGGAAGGAAUGAAAUAAAUCCCUAGAACUAUGCUAUUCAAUACAAUAGAUAGCCACUUGUGGCCAUUUAAAUUAAAAUUAAAUAAAAUUUUAGUUGCUCGGUCACAUUGGUCACAUUUCAAGUGCUCUGUAAUCAUAUAUGGCAGUUGGCCACCAUGCUGGAUAGUGUAGAUAUAGUACACUAUUUCAUCACUGCAGAAAGUACUAUUGGACAUUGCUCCUAGAGAAAGUAUAGCAAGAUAAGAGCCCAGGAUGGAGUCCUAUGACAUUCCAAUUUGGUAUUUAGGGAGUUGGAUGGAGGGGGAGGAGCCAGCAAGGGAUGCUGAGAAAGAGUAGCCAGUGAGGGGCUGGCGACAUUACCAGUGUACACGUUAUGCAGGAAGUAGUUGAAAUUACCGGGUUGAAGGUUAGACCGUGGCUGAAAGGUGGUGAUUAUUAAAACCCCAAAUAUUCACAAGCUUCCAGGGUGGCGAUGAUGUAUAUGCUGGAAGAGGUCAGUAUCUUAACAUGGGAAGAAGCAGAGAGAUUAUGAGUACGAGGGAACAGGAGAGAGAAGGGAGAGUUUGGCCUUAGAGAGGAGCAUUAUUGAAGUUGAUCAACCCCGGAAACUCCUUCAAAGGUGGAAGUGUGUGUGGGUAGGGAAGAUUUUUAAGAUUGUCACAAUGAGAGAAUUAUCAAAAUAUGGCAACAGAUGGGUAUUCUAAAAGGUUUAGGAAAUAGAAUGUGGAAAUGGAUCCCCUACCAAGAGAAUUCCUAACUUGUCAUUUUCUUACCAGAGGCCCAGAGAUAAACAUGUGGAAGCCCUGAGCCCACUUCAUGGACUCUAUAGUGUAACGUAAGGCAGUAACUGGGUUACGAACAUCUAACUCACUGACAACUCAUACUUAAGAACAGACUGCCAUAAAGCCUGUUAUAUUGAAAAUCUGAGUUAAAUACAAUGGUUCAUAAUGAACACACGCAGUACUUUGUGAUGCUCAUGAAAACAUUGUGUGGUUUGGAAAUGUUUUUUUUUAACUGUUUUAUAUAGAAAGGUAAAAUAUAUACUAUAUACUAAGACAAACAUUUGACUUACUGAUCCUAAAUAAGAACCAUAUGUACCUGCUCUAACUUACCUACAAAUUUGACUUAAAGACAGCCUUAGGAGUGAGUCUCACCUGUUACCCAGGGACUGCCUAUGUUCACAAAAGUAGGAGCAUCUGUACAGAGAAGUGACUGUUUGGCCUGCCACAGAAACUCCUCGGUCUCAAUUCAGAGAUCCAUCUGGCUCUGUCAUUUAGUGUUCAAGUCAAUGUCACUAGAAAAAAAAAAGAUCGAAAGAAAAAAAACUUUUAACAUGGAAGACCUUCCAAUUUGUAAUGAUACUUUCCAGACUUCUAAAAAUCAGAAGAGGAAUAAAAAGUACUACUCAGUUCCUAAAUUCUGGACAAACAUUAAAGGUGGAAAUUUAAGAUAUUCUCUGAUAAAUUGCAAUGAACAAUAUAUCAAAAUCAGUAAUUGGACGUGGUAAAAUUUUGUCUUGGAAAUUUUUCAAAAUUGCAAAGUAAGGAAAUAAUGAAAAUAGUAUGUAAAGUCAUUCACAUAUUAAAAAUUAGCUGGCCUACCCAGAAUUUCUUGGGAAAUCAAUAAUUAUAUCCCUGCUGUUUUACACCCGGUGUCAGAUACAGUUACUUAUUUUAGAAGCAACUCACUUGCAGAUCACUGUCUGCAAUUCUGAGCACCUUUCUUUGUGACUUUCAGUUUGGGGCUCAGCAAUGGUCAUCUCUUAUUUGGUUCCCAGUGUCCAUUCCUCUUCCUUCUGGGAACAGUGACCCAAAUGUUUUUUGGGAAGGUAUCCUUUCUCAGCCACAUGAUUGGGUUUCCUGCAAGUUUAUGAGUGGACCUGUUUGGCUUAGGUCAAUCAAUUUAUCCCAUUCCCUUGGCCACAGAGCCAGUGAACUGUGAGAAGAUAUUUCCCGGGCCUUCUGGAAGAGAGAGGCUUCUUUUCUUCUAUGAGAGCUGACAAAGGAGAUAUUCUCGGUCCUUUCCUUGGUAUGUAGGAGGACAUGAGGCCUAGAAUUGUAGCAACUAUUUUUUUCUAUUAAAAAGGGGAGAAUCUGGAGCUUCUAGGUGCUACUCUCCAGAGCCCAAAGGUGAAACCAAUACCAAAGAAGACAGUGGCAAAAUGGAGAGAAACUGGGUCCUUGGUGACAGCUUUUAAGCCAUUAGACCAAGCCUUACUUGAAGUAGAACUACCUCUGGACUUCUCAGCUAUGUGAGCCAAUAAACAUCUUUUGUGAAGCUGGUUACAUUUGGGUUUUCUGUCAUUUACAACUGAACUAGUCAUAACUGUUACAGGCUUGAAUAUGAAAACACUUUGGUCAUACGGCACCGUAACAUGGCAUUUUUCUCUUGCUUGGUAGUCACACAAGCUCCUCAUUUGUAUCUCAUUUCAGCUGCCUGAGGGCUGUGUCUAAAUACAUGCCUUUCAUGUCCUAAAGUUAAUUUCAUGAAUACCACCUGACUGAUUUUUAAGUCAUACUGUAACAUACCCUCCAAACUUGAUAAAAAUAUAUUCCCAGCUCCACAUUCUGUAGAGGAUAACUUCCUAUCUCUUUGAGGUGACUUAUAAGCCCCCCUACCAAAUUUAAGUGAAUUUUGUAUUUGCCACGUCACCUGUAUUUUAAGUCCGUUUCAUUGUGAAAUAGUCAGGUGCUUGAUUCUGAUCUGCUAGACACUUUGUUUUAUUGAACGAUUCUGCAGCGAUUGUUGAGAAGGACAGAGUCCAGACCUGGGGAUAGAUUCUGUUAAUCUAAAAGUCAUCUCUCUGCCCAGGGACUGAGAUGAAAUUACAGAUUGAAAAGUUGCUUCCUUAUUUUAGCAACAGAAAGCAUGCAAAAGAAAUAGUGUUGACUUUUUUUUUUUUUUUUCCAGAGAAGAGCUAUAGUUUUCUGGUGUAAAGGAUGUAAGUGCUGGCGUUAAGCAAGCACACUUGUCAGACCCCACCCCAAUUUCACGCAUUCCUAGUUCAAGCUGGACUAAAGUGUGUUUAGUAUAAAUGAGGUUUGAGACCCAAUACCUUCUGAUUUUCACUAUAUUGUACCCACUAAGGAAACCCUGGUGGUGUAGUGGUUAAGUGCUACGUCUGCUAGCCAAAGGGUCGGCGGUUCGAAUCCGCCAGGCACUCCUUGGAAACUCUGUGUGGCAGUUCUGCUCUGUCCUGUAGGGUCGCUAUGAAUCAGAAUUGACUCGACGCACUGGGUUUGGUUUUGGUUUUUUGGUACCCACUAAAUUUGGUGAAAAGUUACUCAUUGGUUUUCAGAUGAUAUAGUAAGGAACAGACACUUUUAAUCUGUUGAUAAUAAAAAGAAAUGAAAAAAUUGGUGUGAGAGAAGAAACUAAAAAUAAAUUUUUCUACCAAGCAAUCAAGUGGUGUCUCAGGUGUCCUGGACCUCAGAUAAGUUUCCUGCCUACUAGGAGCACCCUGUAGAGAGGUUGAGGUAGGCUUUUGACUCUGCUUUCUACUGUUUGAGAGAAUAUUAAUUCUAUAUGUAUGAGAUCUAACCACCAAACCCAAAACACACUUUAUUAUUUUUCCUGGGAGGCUCAAGGGAUCCACAUGAAAAUGGGUAUAAACUCUCCUGAAAUUUUACUGUCCUGGGGUGGCAGAUGAACAGUUUGUGCCUGUGUGAAGGGGAAACAAAGGAGUGAAUACACCAAUCCACUGUGAAACUAUAAAUGAAAAAAUGUGGUAUAUACUGGUAACUGGUGGCAAAUGAGAUUUUUUUAAAAAGGCGGGAUGUAUAAAGUAAAAAUAUUCUGGAAAGGUAACAUGUUCCUGAGGGAAGCCAUAAAUGAUGGUAUAAACAUGGAAACUGAAAAUCAACUCAGAACACAUACAAGAGGUGGGCAUGUUCCAUCUUUGAUGCCCAGUUAACCUGCAGAUGGGGCUGGAUGCUAUUGUCCAGGAAAGUGGGAAUUGUCCUGAAGGACUAGCCCAGGUUCAUGACACUCUCCAUUUCCUCUCUGUCCACUCACUGUUCACCCACAGCAAUUGGCUUCUGCUUCCACCAAACUCCUUGAGCUAAGGUUACUACCAAUAAUUGGUUUCUUUGCCUUCAUUCUUUCCAGCAUGUUACCCUGUUGACCACAUUCACACCUUGAGAAUGCCCUCUUGACUCCUAGGACACCACUUUCUUCUGGUGUUUCUGACCUGUUAACUAUCUACCACUUUUGAGGUCCCUCUUGUUUUACCCACCUUUAAAGAUAAGCAGGCCCCUAGUGAUCCAAUCUUGUUCUUUUUCUGACUUUACAUAGUCACUAGGAGGCAGAAUUAUUUAUCCAUUUGGAUUAAGCUACAUCUAGAUGUCAUGUGUACAAAACGGAAUUUAUUGUCCUUACCCACAAGUGUGCGUUCCCCAUUUUCCCUACCACCCAUCGCCUGCUCCGAGCCAGGAACUUCAUGAGAACCUUCAGCUCCUCUCUAUCCUGCACCCUUAUAAACAGUCUGUGGUCAGGCUGUGAUGAUUCCUUCCCACAAAUACAGUACAUCUACCACCUCCUUUCCACCUCCUCACUUUUCUUCAUGUGGUGACCAUCCCAGAGUUCUGGGACAGCUAUUGUCUUUUCCAUCCUCUCGUUCUGAGGUCAAGAAACUUUUCUUAAAAUGAAAAUCUAAUACCACUCCCUUUCUGAAAACCCUUUAAUGAUUCUCUGCUGUCUAUAAAACCAUCCAAAUUCCUUAGGUCAAUAUUCAAAACUUCAUAAAUGAUUGUUUUAAUUUAUAAUUUGGCUCUGUCUUCCCUCAACCUCCCACUUCCCUCAUCGCCCAGCUUCAGCCAUACUUGCCCAUUUCUAAUUUUUAGUCAUGUCUUCCUCUUUCAAAGAAUGGGUGAAUAUAUCAGUAUAAACCAGUCGCUCUCAGGUAUGGGUGGUUUUGCCUCACGGGAUAUUUGGAAAUGUUUAAGGACGUUUUUAUUUGUCACGAGGGAGUGGAUGCUACUGGCAUCUAGUGGGUAGAGGCUAG